AUGCUCGCGCGCAUUUUUGGCGGUGAUAAGCCACCCAUCGGCUUGAAGUAUAGAGCGAGUAAUUGGUUUAUUGUUUCGACGGUCACGUUGUCUGUUUUUACCGAUGUCUUUUUAUACGGCGUGAUUGUCCCCGUCAUUCCAUUUGCGUUGAGGGAAAGGGCUCAUGUUGAUGAGGAUAGAGUUCAGUAUUGGGUCUCCGUUCUGCUUGCUGUGUAUGGUGCUGGCCUGAUAGUAUCUUCUCCAAUAUGCGGUUUCUUCUCAGACCGAAUCUCAGCCCGCCGCUGGCCGCUGUUGCUGGGCCUGAUCGCAUUGCUAGGUGCAACGAUCAUGUUGAAUGUCGCAACGAGCGUGCCGGUCUAUGUGAUUGGCCGUCUUCUGCAGGGCAUUUCGGCCGCGGUGGUCUGGGUUGUUGGGCUUGCUCUGCUGGCUGAUACAGUGCCGAAAGAGAUGCUGGCGCAGUACAUUGGAUAUGUCAGCCUGGGAAUGACGACAGGGUUCAUGAUCGGGCCGCUUCUGGGGGGUGUGCUGUUUACCAAGGCUGGGUAUAACGGUGUUUGGGCAUUGUGCUAUGCCUUCAUCGGCUUGGAUUUGGUAUGUCGUGUUGUUUUGAUUGAGAAGAAGGACGCGAGGAGAUGGGCUACGGAGGAGGCCCUCUCUAUGCCGCCGCAGGAGAGCACAUCAGCCUCGUCAGGGAAUGUACACCGUACUGCUUCAAAUGAAGCGGAAGCGGACGCAGAAGCAGAAGCACCAGAUGCCGAGGACAUCACCGAGACCCUCCCCCAAACCAAACCCACCACCAAACUCCGAAAACUACGCUCCCAUCUGCCACCCGUCAUCACCCUCCUCGCCUCCCGCCGCCUCCUGGCUGCCCUCUUCGCCUCCAUCGUACAAGCCUCCCUGGUCGCCUCCUUUGACUCGAUCCUCCCGAUCUUCGUCGAUGAGAAAUUCGGCUGGGGCAGCUUACAGUCUGGCAUCCUCUACCUGACCAUCGUAAUACCCACGCUCGCAUCGCCGAUCGUCGGGUACUUCUCCGACAAAUAUGGCGGCCGACUGUUCUGUUUCGUCGGGUUCCUGCUUUCCUGCCCGCUCUUCGUCCUCCUGCGGCUCGUGACACACAACUCCCUCUCCCAGAAAGUCCUCCUGAUCGCGCUCCUCGUGCUGAUCGGCUGCGCAAUGACGCUGCUUUUCCCACCCAUAAUGGCCGAGAUCACGCACGUGGUUAUCGCGAAGGAGGAAUCCAGCCCACCGGGCGCAAUGGGAAAGGGAGGCGCGUAUGCGCAGGCGUAUGCGUUGUUCAAUGUCGCGUUUGCCGUGGGGACGCUGGUAGGCCCGAUUUGGGCUGGCUUGAUUAAACAGAAUUAUGGCUGGAAUACGAUGGCGUGGACGUUGGGGUUGUUGGCGGGAGUAACCGCGCUGCCGUGUUUGGUGUGGGUGGAUGGGAGUUUGAGGAAGUCGAAGAGGAAGGUUUUCAGUAGGCGGUAUCAAAAUGAGUCUAAUGUGUAG